GCCGUAGCGCCAAACCCGAGUCGUGCGCUCGCUCGCUGUGCGGAGCUCCAUCAGCAGAGACCCAACAGGCUACGGCAGCACCGGAGACCCCGCCGAGGCCCCGCGCGCGGCGCAGAGAGCGAGAUGCAGGGCGGAGGCGAGCGAUGAGGCGGUCGGGUUAUGCAGUGGCACCUCCGUAGAAGAGGAGAGCCGGAGCCGGAGCCGAGCAGCCGGAGGCAGGGGGUGCUGCUGGGGGCGUGAGGAGCACGGUGUCGAGGAGCGGUGGGAGUGCGUAGGAGUUGGAGUGUGUGUGCAUGUGUGUUCCUCUGAGUCCUCGCCCUCCAUGGAUUUACUCGAUCUCCCCUACACUAAAGUGCUGAUCCUGGGCGCCAUCGCCGCCGCCUCGGCCUUCGUCGUCACCAUCCUCAUCGUGCUGGUGUGUGUGGGCUGUCAGAGGAAAAGCAAAAGUAAACAUGCCCAGUCCAACGGAGGGAGUCACAAGGUGGAUAUGGGAGUUCUUCGGCAGUCCAAGCUGAGCUCCAUGAGCAAGUCGGACACCCGCCUGCACGAAAUGCACCGAGUGCCCUGCAACGCUAAUGGUGCCCCAAAGAAUCGUCCAGCCAGCAUGGACCUUCUGCUCCUGCACAGCCGCCGCUCGACCUCUGACCUCCAUCCUCCGGGCUCGAGCCGGCAGCUACCGCGCAUCCCCACCAGCCCUGAGGUGGAGGAGCGGGAGCACACGUACUCAGAGGUGGGCCGCCGCUCCUCUCCGACGCCCCGUUGCCUGGACGAUGGCCUGUAUGAGAGCGUAGGUGUGAAAGGACCACCUCCAGACCCAUCUACCCCAUCCCUGGCUCCGCCCCCAACUUCGACUAACACUUCGGCGCAGGGCUGCACCCACAGCCCGCCCACCAACGGGAACGGCCGCGGAGGAGGUGGGAAGGCAGGACCAAACGAGGCGCUGACGGCCGAGUACGCCACCAUCAGGAAGGUGAGGAAGCUGGACAGAGGACGGAGGGUGAACGGGUCGGAGGAGGGCGAGAGCGUGUCUAGUACGGAGUCGUCUACUGGGAACCUGCACCGGAAAACCUUGGAACCAUUCCACCUGCCCAACUUCCCCAAGGAGGCAGUAUUCAUGGGCAAUGGAGAGCAGUACAUAUGGAAACCACCAGAGGAGAGUGACAUCGUCAUUUCAGGGGGUUCUUCGCUAGAGAAUGGCCAGAGCCAUCCGAGCGCCGUCGAGAUCUCCGAGAUGUACUCCACUGUGUGUAAAACCCUGAAGAAGAAACACCAGCAGCAGCAGCAGCAGCAGCAGCAGGGCUUAAGCCAGCAGGCCAGUGGGCAGACAGGCUCGGCUCCAUCCCUGGGGGGAGAGGAAGGCUCUGGGGCUUCUCAGCCUUGGCCACCAGGGGGAGCUCCUGGGGAGGAAGCACAGGGGAGAAUGUGCCCCCCGGAGGAGCACUGCUAUGAGGCGGUGGGUGAGAAGACGUGGCCAAAAGCCGUCGAGUCAGACCCAGCUUACGCUACCAUCGACUCGCAUCGCAAGAGAGAUAGGCCGGUGAGCAACACACUCAAGCCCAAGAAGAAGCCCUCUGGUCAGCCUCAGGGGCCAGGGAGGGCCCUAACCUGCGAGAACUUCUACGAGGCCAUUGGGGAUGCAAAGCAAGGGGCGAACGCCAUGAGCACCACCACCAUCUUCACCUUCAACGACGGCAUGGAGAUGUACGUCACAGGGCUGUAGAGAUGUGGGCCGGGACUCCAUGAAGACUUCAGUAUGGAAGUUGACCCACAUAAGCGCACAUACACACACACACACGUUCCGUUUGCAGCAACACAGCAGACAGUUGCACAUAACAUGUACAUCCACACUGUAAGCAUUGGUGUGUCUGAGACCCAGAAGAAGCUGAGACACACACAUGCUAACACAGACCUUUCCGUACUAAAUUACCAGACAAAAAGAUUCACUAUGUUCCCUAAUAAAGGGUUUGGGCUACACCAGGGUAAAUGUAAAAAUCAUCUCUUCAUAAUACUGAGUGACUUCAGAAGCUGUGGUCAAGCUCGUUCUUCUCUUUGUCCAGCUCACACUGUCCCUGCGGAAAGGCCAUUUAGUUCGGACAUGUGUGCAUUUGUUAGAUGGUGUAGAUAGGUAUGUACAUUCCUCUUGGUGUUUUCAUCACUCUAGGCGAACUUAAAACCCGUAAAAGGAUAUAACUCUCAAAUACCGUGGAAGUCUUUUUUCUUUUUUUAGUGAGAUGGCAUGCAUCCUCCACCCAGACUUUGGCAGGCGCGAUGGCUCGAGCAACAGGGUUCGAAGACAUGGCAUGCUUUUUCCCACAGAGAGAACGAGUGCGGCUGCUUUUUAUGCCACAGCCCGGACGACUGACUCUGACUAUCUUUGACUUUCCAAGAAAAGAGAAAAGAAAUGUGAAAAGGAAAGCGCUCCGUUAACGAGGGAAGCCUUGCAGCAGGUAGUUAGAAGGUCCUUUCUUAGGGGUGUUGUUAAGAGUUGGGUUUAUGAGGCCUGCACUGUCAGUACGCUGAAUGGCUUGUACAGGGCUGAGGCCAGUAAAGGCUACAAGUCUGGCAGGGUCUGUACACUUUCCCCACAGGUCACAGAACUAGGCCAGCUCCUCCGGCACCCUGGGCCUCCGCCUGGCUGGCCUGUCGGCGGCGUUUAGCCGCGACAGAGGCGAAGGAAAACAAAGCUUGAGGCUUAGAGUCGUUAGAGAGCGUCUUUUGGAAGGAAGCCUCCAGCUCUGGUCCGUCUGCGUGGCUCGACUCUACUGUAAACAAUGGCUUUUCCCACACGCCCAGCGGGAGACAGGAUUUUUCAGAGCAAUGGCACAAUCGAACGAAAGAAAAGAAGAAAGGGAACAGAAAGAUGACCCGACCUAUUUGACCCCGACUCCUCCCCCUUAAAGCCUCGACCAGCUAAACAAGCUCCAUAGGUGGGUUCUACCAUACAUGACCAUAUCAGGGUCAAUAGAAUGGUCAACGUUGGGGACUGAGUGAAGGAAAAGACCAUAAUAUCAGCUCAGGGAUAGAGAAGGGAUGAUAUGUACAGGAAAAAAAGUCCAUUUCUUCUCCAACCUGGGAGUUUUGCAUUUAAGUAUGUCGGGUUAUGUCCAAUAUUUGUUAUGCCACAUAUACUGUAAAUCAAGAGUAAAGAUAAGAUUUUUAUUGCACUCUAUUUUCUUAAAAAAAUAAAAUUGUAUCGUUGGUUUGUUUUCACACGUAGCUUUGUUAUUAAGGAUGCUAACAUCACUGCCAUGCACACGUGUUUUCGAUAUUCUUUAGGUGGUUGUCACGACGUCCUGCUUGCACAUGCAUGCGUUUUAGAAAAAGUAGUAGUGCCCCCCCCCUCGCUUGAUAUUUCUUCUUAAUUAGAAUAAUUAUUCAUUAUUCUUGUAACACACUGGGCCCAGAAAUGGCCCUUACCUCGUACUGCAGAUAUCAGUAUGAACUAGAAAUAAAAAAGAGAAAAAAAAAAACAGAAAAAAGAGCAGCAGGGAGGAGACGUCGCAGUAAUGGGUCGUCUCAUGGAUUACACAAUACAUAUAACCAGGAGUCGUUCAGCGCUGCACGGCUGCACACUCCCGGAGCAAGCCCAAACCCUUCCCAGCGUUAUUAAUCUGCGUCCUUGAGACUCAGCGGUUGCCAGAUUGAGGGAGGAAAUGUGCUCCCCUUAGCUUUGGCUCUGCUCUGGUUCCUCCCACUCUAGAAGCUGUCCGGCAAAGCACAGGGCUUGCUUUGUGCCGUGCAGCAGAUCAGGCCUUUUGAAGUUAAAAGCACACAGAGCAAGAGGAGUUUUUAGGGGGGCACAAUGGUCACGCCAAACCACGGCUGCGGUGAAAAGGUGAAUGAGCUCUAUCAGAGCGUGACUCGCACGGCCGUACACAAGCUUGUUCUUGUGUUUAAACACAGUAUUUGUGGAUUUAAAAUAAAGAAAUACACAAUGAGAGAGUCUCAGUCUCAGUCUCAGUCUUAGUCUCAGUCUUAGUCUCAGUCUCAGUCUCAGUCUCAGUCUCAGUCUAGGACUCCACCAGUCUCGCACAGCAGGAGCUGCGAUGCUUUAUCUCCGGUUUGACACAGCAGGACACGGAAACAGCCCGAGCUGCAUGUAUAUAUCCUACUGAUACAAAGCAAAAAAAGAGAAAUAAAAACUAUAGUAUUAAUGUUUUAUGAGCUUAACAGACGUUUAAGAAGUUUAUAUUUUGUUGGGCUCUUGGCUGUGAAUUUCAAUCAUGUGUAAGUGCUAAACGUUUGUGUCAGGUAUUCUGCUGCCCUGCAAGCGCCUCAGCUCAGCUUCCAGUAACUGCGUGUAGGUCUCGUCCGUCCAGGUGUGACACAGGCUGUGGUGUGUAAAAGCUUAGUAAGAGAAUUCUGUGAAACAGACUGUAAUGUUUUCUAUCAGAAUCCUUCAUUAAAAUGGUUGAAUUUUUACUUUUGUAAUAAAGUUGCACCUUAAAGCA